GAAUAGAGCACUCCCCCGCCUUUCUCUUGCAUUAUUUGAACCAACCAAAGGAGGAAGGAGCUCCAGGAAAUUCUCUCAACUAAUCCAUACUGUGGAGGGAGCAACAAGGAAGAGAAUCCAAGAAGAAAAGAGUUAGGAUUGAGGAGUCGAAACCUCCAGAAAACCGCCAUUUUUGGGGACUGUUUUCGAGCUGCAGGCACGAAAGCCGCCCACCUUUCACGAAAGCCGCUCGGCUUUUAGCUGCUGUCCAGAUUUUCCACUUUCAAUCGGCCUAGAAUGGGGAUUGAUCAAGGGGUGUAUCAAUGGCAACUAUCGUAGCACAUCACAAAGGAUAUAAGGUUCAAGGAAUGACAUAUACUCGUGAUAUUGACAAAGUUGAUGCAAAGCUAGAUCUCUUUUCAACAUAUGUCAUAUCAAAUGCUGAAGUCAAGGCAAUCAAGUCUAAUUUGGUUUUCCCAGACAACAGAUAUAAAUUCUUUUGGACUCUUAAGGACACAACCCAGAUUCAAAGAGUCCAACCUGGGGAAGAGCUGAACACCGAGAGACAGCUACAACUUCUGCCAACAAAGUUACCAAACAUCCAUAAGUAUGUGAAUACGGAACAAAGGAUAAAAUUACGUAAGAAAAAGAGAAAAAGGAAGAAUCCAAACAAGAAAGAGGGAGAAGAAGAAACUAGGGCUAUUGCUGCCCAGAAGCCGCCUCUCAAGUCGGAGUUGAGAAUCCUCAUCUGUAUCCGCCGUGAGAAACAUCUGCGAACCGUGAUGGAAGCCUGCGAUGGAAGGCUAGGGACCUGCGAUGGAAGGCCAGGAACUGUAAUGGAAGCCUGCGAUGGAAGGCUAGGGACCUGCGAUGGAAGGCCAAGAACUGCGAUGGAAGGCGAGGACCUGCGAGUUGCGAAAUAAAAGGCCGGUUGUACCGUGCGCACGGUACAACCGGCUGUAAGAUGGAAUUCGCCACCAUUUAAAUGCAUGUUUAAAAAGAUAGUUUCAAUGUUAAAUGUAGGUUUCUCAUUAAAAGAGCAUAAGAGGGGUACAAAAUAGUUGGACACACAAAUAUCAUUUAUGCUUUCCUUUUUAGCUCACACUACUGCAUACUUCAUAAUUGUUUUUAUUUUAAACUAAAAUGGAACUUCAAGAACUGAAUUGGCAGAGACCCAAUAACUAUAUCAC